AGUCCCUCAGUCGCAAGGAGACCACGCACUGUGGCGGUCUCUCUCGUCUAUAUGUCUUUAUAUUUAUAAUUCUCAACAAAGUGCUUUUUUUGGCACUAUUCCGUCUCGGCGUUUUUUUUUCUUCUGUCCUCCGAUAACUCGCUUUAAAAUAAGAACGAUUAUUCGAAUGUCAAAGAUACAUUGUGACGUGACGGAAGUAAAAUCACGCAAUAAAAGAGAAUUAAGACUAAAGUGUGUACCGUGUAGUGCCGGGGGGAUAAUCGGUAGAAUCGCGAAAACGUGGUUUUCAGUCUUUGUGUUUACCGUAUGAAAAACUUAUUGAAACGCGGUAAAAUAAACUACCACGAGACAGAACGGAGAACGAAUUGUCUCUAAUCGAUCGCAAAUGUGAAAGAAUAAUUAAUUCUGCAAGAGUAAACGUUGCGUCUUUUUGUUCGUUUGUUUCCUCGUGUGUGUGCGCGCGUGUGCUUUAAAAUAUUUGGAAAAAAAGUGUUGAAACGGGUUUUUCGUUUCUUCAUUUGCCCCUGUUGUUAUUUUGACCUCGAGGCUCGAACAGAGGGAGAUCAAUCUCGCGAUUGCAGACUGAAAAGAAAAAAAAGCACAUUUUUUAUAAUAUUAAACGGGUGGAAAAAUAAAAAUCACUGUCUCGUUCCCUCGGACAAAAACGUUUGUCCUCGAUCCCAUCAACGCGCCGAAAGCCGAAACUCGGAAAUCAAGAAGAAAAAGAAACAACACUACAGUUCGAGACCGUGUCUCUCAAUUUUUCGUACCGCACACAUACACGGACAGCAUCACUCUCUCACGAGACUCUCGUGCCUGCGAAUAUAGAAUAUAUUUACUGUUAUUAUUAGCAUCGUGAAUUUUCAUCUGGAGGUUUAGAUUUUUCAACGGAGAAACCUCAAAAUUAUCAACGAAGGGAUCAAAAACAAAGAGGCUUUUUGUUGUGUGCGCGUGUGUGUUGGGGGAGGCAAAAAAAUACCACGGAUCUUUGGAUUCGUAAUUUAUCUCGCACAACGGUGGAGCAAAACGGCCUCAAACUGUGGGGCUCUGGGGCGUUCUUCCUUCCACCGCAAGGGAUGUACUACCCUCACAUGGUGCAGACAGGAAUGGCUGCGCCCUACGGUGGGGGUGUAUUUCCACCGCCGGUGAAUGGUGUUGCCGGUGUAGUCGGUGCGAGCGGUGGCGCCGGCGAGGUCAAACCGCCCCCGCCCUCACAAGCGAAGGAGGAAAACAAUGUUGCGCAACAACAGCAGCCUCCCGGUGGUCCACAGGUACAAACAGCUUCGGGCGCGUCGCAUCAAGCCGGUGCGCCUGGUGCACCGGCCUCCGCAAGUUUCAGCCCUCCGCCACCUCCCAACGGGGUCGAUCAACAGGCCAUUUCGGAAGUGUUUCAGGCAGCAGUAGCAGCGGCAGCGGCAGCCGCCGCCGGCGGUGGUGGACAGCAAGCAGCAGCAGCAGCAGCCGCCGCCGCCGCCGCGGCCUCCACUCCCGUCGGUGCAAACGAGGCCAGUCCCGAGGGCGCUGAAUGCACAGCCUUGGUUCCCGUUACUUCCGGUACUACGACACCUGCCACCGCCACCCAGGGCACCGAUCUCAAAGGACAGCCAAAGCGACUUCACGUCAGCAAUAUACCCUUCAGAUUCCGAGAUCCCGAUCUGAGGGCGAUGUUCGGGCAAUUUGGACCAAUCCUCGAUGUAGAGAUCAUAUUUAACGAGAGGGGAAGCAAGGGAUUCGGUUUUGUAACAUUCGCAAAUAGUGCUGACGCGGACCGGGCACGUGAGAGGCUACACGGCACCGUGGUUGAGGGCAGAAAGAUUGAGGUGAACAACGCAACGGCGAGGGUACAGACGAAAAAACCACCGACGGUUCCGAACGUUUGCGUCCAGUGGCCAGAGGCCGCUGCAUUGAGAGGAGUUGCGAUACAACGUGGACGAGUUGGUGCUGCAGCGAGAGCUGCAUUUCCAGGAGCCGGGGCUGCAGCUUUGGCACUUGCACGUAAUCCAGGGCCACUUGCAGCCGCGGCUGCUGCGACCGCCCUCCAUCCUUUUGCUCCUGCUGUUUACUACGACCCUUUCCUAGCGGCACAUGCUGCGACGCAAGAUCCUAAUUACAGGCUCCAGCUGGAAUGGCCGCAAGCAACAGACGACGCAGCGGCAGCAGCCGCAGCGGCUUCUCCACUACUGAAGACACCGUUGUCAACGGCACAACAGGCGAGCUACGCCGCUGCAGCGACGUACACCGCCGUAGCAGCACGAGCUUACGGAGCGGCUGCAGCUGCGGCACAACCAGUCGCCGGAUACGCAGCGGUUGCAGGAUACGGACGUGAAUACGCGGAUCCUUACCUCGGACACAGCAUCGGUCCAGUCGCCGGCUAUGGCGCGACCGUGUACAGAGGUGGAUACAACAGGUUCACGCCCUACUAAGUGAAAGAGGAGCAAAGACAAUGAAAAAAAUAAAGCGCCACAAAAGCCUCGUCGAGGACUAUAAAGCGAGACGGCAACAUACUCGGCGAAACAUGACCACGUAUCGACGACACAAUCAUCGGAAAAAAAUGAAAGGAAGAAGAAAAACGACAAAAAAAUCCCGAUCACUAUGACAUAGCACAGUCGUAGGGGAAUUAUUUCGACGGAGCGCAACUAAUUCGUAUAUUCUCGAUAAUUCCUGUACAAUGACGCAUUUCGAGAUCGAAAAUUUGCCACAUUCUCGUGUGCAAACUAAAAAUUAAACCGCCAAACAUUCGCGAGUCUGCCGAUCUACAAACAUCUGUACUUUUAGUUUGUUCAACUUAUUCAACAAGCGCCAUCGUUGAUAUCUCAAAAAUAUUUUCCAAACUAAAAGAUUUUCCAUUGAUUAUCGAAAACAAAAAAUUCGCACAAUUGUCGAACGGUCGAAGGAAAGAGAGAUUAUUGAUUAAAAAAAAAAAAAAAGAAAUUCUCGCUCAGUCGGGACGUCGCCAAAUUGUAAGAUAGUUGUACAAUCGUUGAUAAAAAAAAGGAACCCAAGCUAAAGAAAAACUAACUUUUGCUCUCAGACGAAUUUGCAUAGUUUUCAAUAAUUUUGUCGUUCAAGGUAAUUAUUUAUUCUUUUUUGCGCGCCCAAUUUUAAUAACACAAUAGCCAGGCAUGAAAACCAAAAAGUCAUACCCACAGAGACACACACUCCCACAUUCACAAACGCACGUUUCUCAGGUCUUGGCUCGAAAUUGUCACGCGUUGUUCUGCUUUCCAUUCAAGCAAAAACAACAUACAACCGACAAAAGUUCGAAUAUCGAAUCGCACGUAAAACGGCAGUUGAAAAAAAAAAGAAAAACACUAUGAAUAACUGUCACGAUAACAAUAAUAAUAUGCCCGGAGAAACAAAAAAGCAGAAAAAUGUUACGGAUCCGUGAGAAUUUAAGUGUAGCAUGGAAAACUUUAGGUAGCUAGAUAGCGUUUAGGUACGUGCGUAAGUUGGUAGAUUUCUAUGCCAAAUAUGUGUGUAACUCGUUUCGACGAAGUCCCCAAAUCUCGUAAAAAAAAAAGAAAAUAAUUUAAUGAAAAUAGACAAGAAAAAACGAACAGUCCCGCCCCCUACACGUACGUGAGAUAGAAUUUUAGAGUUUAAUAAUACAAUAAGAGAAAAGCGAAAACGAGGGUGUGUGAGAUAAACAGAGUGUAGAAUAGAAAACCCACGAAAGAGCACGCACAAAAGAAACUCUUUCGACCAAAUUUACAGUCGAUAUUGAAAUUUAAAAGAACACCAUUUGAUCAACCAACGAUAUUGGUUACAUUAACAAAAUCAUUCGGGUAAAAACUCGAGUCAAACCAAUUUCUUUUUCUCACUUAACUCGUAAAUUUAGUCGAAGCGGGUUUCUUUCCUAUAAUUUGAUGGAACGAAAAAAUAAAAUGAGGGAAAAAAUGACUCGUACGAAACACUAGACCGUAUGUACGUACCGGAUUCUGGGAAACAGGGUCUAGUCAAAAACAAACUCUUUGCAACUCUCUAAUCACUGUACUCUCUAUUAUUUCUAUUACUAUAACUAUAACUAUUAUUAUUAUUAUUAUUAUUAUUAUUAUUAUUAUUAUUAUUGCAAUAAUAUUAUGAAUAAUUUAAUCAGAAACGUUUUCUUUUCUCUUGCUAUCUUUCUUGAGUCGUUCAGUAAAAUUGUUUAACGAUAACAUUGUAGAUAUCAGGAUUAACGACAGGAUAACGAAGAUCCUCUAGUUGCAUCUAUUUUGUCACGGUGGAAAAAAGCCGUAAGAAGAGAAAAUGAAAAUGUUCAUAUCAGCGAUUUAGUACCGAUCGUCGCGGCUGCGGGAAAAAUGUGAAACACCUCUCGUGUAAGGUGCAGUUUGAAUGGAAUCAAAAUUUUUCUAAAUACUACUUCGGAAAUUAUUGUAUAAAAAACGAUGAAGAAAAAAUCAUGGAGAGUCUUCAAAAAUAAGCCAACAAAUAAGUGGCCACAAAACAAUCGAUGAAUUUUGCGAUGGUCAUUGUUUUCCACGAUAGCCUGAAGCUGAUUUGACUCGAAAUUUGUUUUUCAUUUGUUUGCAUUUCAUAAAUUCAGUACCGUAUCUACGCCUGUGGAAAAUAUGCAUAAUGAAUUAUGCUUGAAGAACAAAAGGAUGAAAAAAUACGAAAAAAAAUGUAAAAACAACUUGCUAGCCAUGAACCUGUACGUAAUUUAAAGAAAAAGAAAUAAUGAUAGUAAUAAUAAUGAUAAUAAUAACAACUUGGCGUCAGAAGGAUACGUGGUUACGAACAUUCAACUCGUCAUCGUAAUUUAUUUAUUUUUUAAGUUAAGCAAUAACGUACAUGACAUGUUUUUUCUAUGACACAUAAAUCGUAAGAGAAAUGAAAAUUUUCAUAAUAUUUGAAUCGAAAUAAACGCACACACAUACACAUACAGCUAUGCAGAAAGAAUCUCAGUCAUUUAAGAAUUAGCAAAGGAAUAAGGAAAAUGAGAAAGGAAUGAAAGAGGCUCGUUGAUGUGUUUUUUCUUCGAUUGAACAGCCGUUUAGGUGACAAAGUUCUCAGAUUUGGAUAUUUAAGAUGUUGAAAAAACGAACACAAACAAAAAUCAUACGCACACAGCUUUGGAUCGAGCGAGUGGCACAAUACCUUCUUCUCCUCUGUUGAAUUAAACGUUUAAAUACAUUUGUUUGGUGCGCGCGCGUCAGUGUGUGUGUCUCCCAGUGUGCAUGCGUGCGUGUAUGUGUGUGUGUGUGUGUGGGUACGCGCGCGUACAUGCGUAUGUGCAUGUACGACGGAAAGGGAGCGAGGGGGACUGAAUAGAAACGAAAAUCUGAAAAAACGAUUAUUCACAUGAAGGUCACAAUAAGAAAGAACAAUGGAAGCUAAUAGGGGAAUUUAAAAAAUUGAGUAACCCACAAAGUUAUUGAAUACUAACGAAAUAUGAUAAAAAUGAGAGAACCUAGAUUAGGGAAAGAAGAGAAAAAAAUUCACUCAGUUACGAAAAUGAUGGAGGAAUAAUACAAUUGCAUCGAUACAAGAUUGAGAUAAGAGUCAAGUAUAAAACUAUUCGGCUUCCGGCGUGCAACGACAAUGUAAAUAUGAGAGGGAAGGGAACGAAGAGUCAAGCACAAAAAAACUCACCAGAGCCCAGGCAAAAGAUUUUAAUUGAUAACAGAAGAUACUCGAUAACAUACUCAAUCGUAGAUUCAAAUUAUUUGCGUCAUUAUUGUAGUGUCAAUAUCGAGAUAGAAAGUAAUCUCGUGUAACUUCAAGGAGCUUUUCGAAAAAAAGAAAAAACAAAGUCGUGGUAGAUAUUUUCUUGGAAUUUUUUGCGCUUGUUGCAUAGUGGAGUGAAUCAGAAUAAGAGAAAUUGGGAAGAGCUUUUUUUUUAAUUUCGAUCAAUCGGGAACGUUCGUACCCUUUCCUUAUUGGUUGAGGGAGGCGACAAUCGAUUCGUUACUCGUUGUGAUCCUUUUGUACGAAUCCUCAACUGCCACGAUUAACACUACGAACUCACUCAAUUAUUUAUGUACGACAAGUUAAUCGUUCAUUCUUACGCAAUUGAUUGCUGCACGGCAAAAAUUGAUGGCGCACCAUUUUCAUCUCGUUCCACAAUAAUCUGAACUUGAAAUCAUUGCUUUCCUUCUACGAUUAUGAUCCAUGAAUGGAAAGAAUGAAAAAAUAGAAAAUCAAAUGUGAAUUUAGCCUUCUUCCCCUCCGCUGCUCCGAUCCACCCCUGUAUAUUGUAUAAUGUAAUUACGAUCAUUUCUACUAUUCGUCAUUAUUACCUCUACCGUUAGGAUAAAAAUAAGUCAGCAGCUAGGUUAAGAUCAAGCUCAAAAUGAAUAGUAACGUGAGUGCUAAAAAAAAAGCAAAGUAAUUGAUGCCCAUCUUUCAACGAAAAAGGAUAAACUGUCGCGUGUUGGGUUUAUUAUUUUCUUUCUUUUUUCUUUAUUGUCGUACAUGUACAAUGCUGUGAACACGAGUUUUCGUGAAUAUGUCGAUUCAAACCCUAUGGACAUGAUCAUUUUAUUUUCAUCGUAGAUCGUUCAUUCAAGAGGCCUACGUAUAAUGAACAGUUUAAAUUUUCGUAUGGCAAAACAAUAAGCUCGAAUCUCUCUUCUGUCUCCCAUUUGCCUCCUCCUCGUCUUGUCCUCGAUUGCAAGGAGCAACGAGAUCUAAUCGUCUACUUGUUAAUAUAUACGCAUAUAAAAAUAUAUUUAAAGAGAAGAGAAAAAAAAUGGAAAAUAAUAAUGACAACACGGAUACUCAGUACGAUCUUUUAUGACCGUGCCGUUCUUCUACUCCCCUUUCUAUUGAUAUUAAUUUAUCAUCUCUAGCGACUAUAGUUUAAAAAAGAAAGAAAAACAUUGCAAUGUAAAAUAUUCUCAAUAAUACGCACCGUAACGAUUUAAUCUUGAAUUUAUAAGAACAACAGAACAGAACACGAUUAAGGUGAAUAAGAUGAUGAUGAUGAUGAUGAUGAAAAAAUAAAUAAAUAUAAAAUAAUCAUUUAAAUGAAAAUACGUGUAGGUAACGAAUCCAUGACUCACGUAAUAUGAAUGACAUAUUACGAGGCAACAUAUCCUAGUGUACGAAGUCAAAACGCUGUCCCUCUAGAAUUUGAGCGGUUAUAAAUAAUGAUAAGUUUUAAAAACAAUACGCGUGGAUCAUGAAAAUUUAUUUUCAUUUAGCCCAAAAAUAUUCUGUUCACUUCAAUCAUAAUGUCGUCGUUUACCGUAAUGAAACUUUGGUUGCUCGUUUGAUUAUGACAAUGCGGAUUUGACUUCUGACUGGCCACACAAACAAAAUCGAUGACCAAUCGGAAGUCACUUUUUUCAUUCCGAUCAAAUGAAACGAGCGAAGAAUUGUAUAUUACAACGGAAAAAUGAAUAAAUCGCGCGUUAUACUUGCUUUAUUUUCUUGAUUCACGCGUUAUUUUUUCGUUCCUCCCUCUCUUAUUUAAUUUCUUUCCAACGUGCUUUCAAAUCUAACCCUAAGAUAUAUUUUCACAUUGCACGAGAAAUACUCGUCCGUGUACCAAUAACAAUGGACAGCGUAUGGUGAAAACGUGAAAUUUUUCGAGUUGAGGGAUAAUUAAAAUGAGAAUGUGUUAACAAAAAAGGCGUUCGAAAAUGUUCCAUGACAUUGUAGCGAUAACGUGUAUUAUUUUUUGUUUGUUUGAACGCAUGUGUGAUAAAGAGCGCUCGAAUAUGUAUAAAAAUUAAGUCCAUACACGUGGGGCUAAACUGUCAGGUCUGGAUGACGUCUCACUCCGAGACGAAACUCGAAACGGUGCACACGCUCUCUUGUAAUAAUCGUAGAGUUUAUAUAGCGCAAAGAAAAAAUGUGACAAAAAGAAAAUGCAAAAAAAAACGAAAUGAUUUGGUGAUUUAACGAUUAAACAGCUAUGCCACUGGUUAUUUAUUUGCGGCUUCUUGCAGUGUAAACAGUUUUACAAACCAAGUUUUGAGAAUUACGUGAAAAUACGUAAUAAUAAUAUCUACUUGUGAUUUAACGGUGCAUAGAUAGAGGAGAAAAAGAGAAACGAAGGUUUCACACUUUGGGGCAUAUCGUUCCCAAUUUUUGCGUAAUAUGGGCGUUCAUUUUAAACAAAAGUCUCUGAAAGUUGGCACAAAAAAAAUUAACUCAUACACACGAACAGACACACACUCAUACAUUAACACAAAAAUAUGAGAUUCAAGCUGUACGAAUAGAUCAAACUUUAGUUGCAAAUAAUAAUAAUAUUAAUAAUAAAAUACGAAUAGUAAUAUAAGGUGUCGAUCGUAAAACACCUUUAUCAUUGUCUGAUUUGAUGAUAUUUUCUAAGUCUGGACCAGUUAUUAGGUUCUUAUUACUCCCAUAGCAACUUCUUAUGGCGUAUUUUCUCUGUAUAUUGUCAAUGUUUAUUAUUAAAUAUUUUUCAAAUAA